UCAACGAGUCUAAGAAAUGACGAAAGUGACAAAAGUGGACAUUGUCUUUAGUAAGAACCUGGUUUUGUGGCGAGACAGAAACAAGAAGGAAGUUAGUUUAGAACUUCCAGAAACCAUACGUAACAAAGGUGGUGCCAUCGUCAUGUUGUGUUACUAAACAUAAACAACAACAAUGGCGACCACCUUAUUCUUCUCUCUUCCCGCACCCUCCCCCACAAGAAGACUCUCCAUCAUCUCAUGCCACUCCAACCACCCUCUCCGCGUCGCCUUCGCCGGCGGCGGCACCGGCAGCAACAUCUACCCGGCCCUCGCCAUCGCCGACGACCUCAAGGCCGCCACCCCCGCCUCCCGCUUUCUCUUCCUCGCCACCCCCGACAGCGUCGAGAGCGCCGCAAUCUCCGCCGCCGGCCACCACUUCGCCACCGUCGCCGGCCCACCACCCAACGACAACCCCUUCCUCUUCCCCCUCCGUUUCUCGAACUCUCUCCUCCAGUGCCUCCGCCACCUCCGGGACUUCCAACCCCACGUCGUCGUCGGCACCGGCGGCUACGUCUCCUUCCCCGCGUGCCUCGCCGCGAAGCUCGGCGGCGCCACCGUCGUCAUCCACGAACCCAACUCCGUCCCCGGCUUCGGCAACACGCUUCUCGCUUUCCUGGCUGAUGCUAUCUUCGUUGCUUUCAACUCCACGCUCGAUAGCUUCCCGAGGAACAAGUGCUUCGUGUGUGGGAACCCCGUGAGGAUGUCGCUUAGGAACCUUGCUUCGAAGGAGGACGCGAUGACGCACUUUUUUCCGGGUUCGGAUUGUGAAGGCAAGGUUUUGUUGGUGCUUGCUGGGUCUUUUGGCGCGAAUGCUGUUAACAUUGCGAUGCUGAAUUUGUACUUUGAAAUGCUGAGACAGGAUAGUGCCUUGCAUGUUAUAUGGCAAACUGGGGUUGGAGCCUCUGAUGAAAUGGAUAGUCUUGUUAAAACUCAUCCACGCUUGUAUUUGACACCGUUCAUGCAUUGUAUAGAUUUGGCCUAUGCAGCGGCAGACUUGAUUGUUUCUAGAGCUGGGGCAAUGACUUGCUAUGAAAUAUUGGCAACUGGGAAACCAUCUAUUCUGAUACCCUCGCCAAAUUUCUCUGAGGGGAAUCAGUUCAGAAAUGCUUCCUUGAUGGCAGACUUAGCUGGUGUGACUGUUAUAACUGAAGAUGAGCUAGACUCAAGUACACUAGCCAUUGCAAUUGAAAAGAUUUUCAGGGACAAGCAUAAGAUGGAAGAAAUGUCUGAGAGGGCUCUGAAAGCUGCAAAUCUCAAUGCCUCAGCUGAGAUUGCAAAACACAUUCUGUCUCUUGUAAAUCAAUCCACCAUAAAGAAAACAAAUGGCUUCAAAGCAGAAUCUUAGCAUGGUGGUUUAAAAUCAUGCUUAGA